UGCGGCCGCCGUUCCUUUUCCUUUGUCUGUACAGAGUGUGUGUGUGUGUGUGUGUGUGUGUGUGUGCAUGCGUCCUUGCUUGGCUUCAAAGAGAGAGAGAGAGCGUGAAGUCGCCGUGGAGGAAGCGACGGGAGAAACAGAGUCACAGGCAAAAGUGGAUCGGCCGUUUGUCUGUACCUUUUCUCUGCGCACCCUUCCGGCACGGAGGUGUCUCUCGCCUGCUACUCCCGGCACCCUCCCAGGACAACCCCUCACGGCGUCACACCCCCUCAUCUGGGGCCGCUGCGGCCCUCAUUUCGGUGAUGACCAGUACAGCCCCCCCCCCAUACCUACUAGGUAAUCAUAUAUACAUGGGACGGAACAGGGGUUUUUACAGUAGUCGUCGGAUUUUGUCGCCUGGAAUGGGUCGCCGGGUCGAUCGUUCGAGCCUCUCAUCAGAAUUGGAAGAGGGCUGGAAUAGAGAAGGUGUUCAGGCAGUUGCAAGACCAAUCCAAGUAGCCGGGAGAGGGCAAGAGGCGACUCGUUCUCUCCAUCAGGGACCGGGAACUCCCUAGGACUGAUGGCAAGCAGCCAGUUGCAGAGGCUGAGAGGUGAUGCCGUCUCCUCCUUUGGCAAAUGGAGAACUCCCUUUGACACAUGGCAAGCAGCUGCAAGGAGGGAGGUCAAGAGCUAGAGUGGAGGGUGGACAAGGGAUUGCUUCUGGGCGGUCGAAAACGGGUCUGCUGAGAGUGAUAGACCAACUGAACGAGAGGGCAGAGGACAUGAAAGAGCAAGGGUCGGCGAGUACAUGUGCAAGGGGUGAAGGAAACAAACAGGUGUGCGUGCCUCUGUGAGUGUUUGAAGGGGGAGGGGGGGUGAGAGAGAGAGAGAGAGAGAGAGAGAGAGAGAGAGAGAGAGAGAGNGAGAGAGAGAGAGAGAGAGAGAGAGAGAGAGAGAGAGAGAGAGAGAGAGAGAGAGAGAGAGAGGAAUAUGGGCCGCAUGAAUGCUUACCAAGGGUGUUCAAGUGGACGGAAUGCAAAUAAGAAAAGAGAGAGAUGAGAGAGAGGGCUGUGAUCAGACCAAGGGAGGUGGAUGCACAGCCACUAACACAAACUAAACUUGGCUGGCAAGGCGAGUAGGGAGGCUCGAUUUGCGAGAAGGAGACUGCGGUGGCGAAGGACGACCCAUCUUGUCAUUUGCCAGAAGGGUCAGUAGGGAGGGAGGAAAGGAGCUUUUGAUUCGUUCUUCUACCCCCACUUUGCCCUCGCCCCCCGCCCCCUGGCCGUCUCACCCACGCCCGGCCCCAGCCCUGGCACCCACCGCCGCGCCCACCCUCACUCCUGCCCCUGCCUCCAAGCGGCCCCGCUGCUGGCUAUUCCAUUGUCCUCAGUAUGGAUACCUGGUGUCCGAAACAUGGCCCCGGAGUGAGGGGCCGUCUUCAGUCUUUCAGAUCCUUCCCCCGUUUGAUCUGGGUAUUCUUUCUCUUCCUCGGUUUGUGCUGGUCAUGCUGGCUUGCCGCUGUCUACACACGAAAUGCGCGCUCGCGUAUUAUGGCUUAUGCUACCCCCUCGCACUCCUCGGCCUCUGAACCGAUGAUUGAGGCGAAGGCUACCAAUCUCCACCAACGUAUGAUGACUGUGGCCACCAAUGUGCACUCUCGUUCAGUUGUCAAUAUCAGCGCGCCUCCUAGCGUUAAGAGUAUGACUCUGCAGACUCAGCAGCAGCAGCGAGGGAAUGACUUGAAGGCCAAGGAGGAGGUGGUGGAGGCAAAACAGGUGACGGAGGGGAAAGAGGUGGUAAAGGUGAAUGUCUCCUCGGGGAAUGGCGUAUGCGAUCGAAGUCGCUAUCCUGCUGUAUCCGAUCUACAAGAUGACAAAGUGACGAUUCUAGUGAGUAGUUGCCUGGAGUCUCGGCUACCUCUUCUGCGUGAGAAUUUGCGCAUGUUUUCCAGUAGCCCAGUUGUCAGUGAAAUCUUUGUCCUUUGGUUCAACAACACAGCUCCGCAAGACCGCGAAUUCCCGAGCGAUGGCGCUCCAAUCCGCGUCAUUCGGCAGAAUUCGCUGAGUUUCAAUGACCGCUUUCUUCCCCGCGAAUUCAUCAAGACUGCAGCGAUUAUCAUUGCGGACGACGACAUCGGAUUGGAGAAGGUAGAGAGUUUAGCGUUUGCACUAACGGUAUGGCGGGAGAAUCGUGCACGCAUUGUCGGUUUCUUUCCGAGAGCGCAUUGGCUCGAUCCCAACACGCAUGCCUGGAGGUAUAUGUACUCUCGCGAGUUCUACUCCAUGAUGCUCACGAAGUUUAUGGUGUUGUCCACCGAAUACCUGUACAUGUACACCUGCCAUAAUGCGCCGGGGGUGCGGGAGUACGUCGAGAAGGGGUCCAAUUGCGAGGACAUAGCAAUGAACUUCCUCGUUUCCAACCUCAGCCACCUGUCACCUCUCCUUGUCCAAGGCAAGACGAGAGAUUGGGGGGACUCGCGCAACUCCCAGAAGCACCUGAUUAACGGCGCGGUGUCGAGCAAGCAGGGCCAUCAGGUGGCCCGGGCCGACUGUAUUGCCGAGUUCGUGCGGCUGUGGGGCGGCAUGCCCUUGCAGUACAACCAUGGGAUGGUCGCAGCACAGGUGGAGCAAGAGGCAGUGUGCGAGAAGCACUCCUACUUGGUUAAUUGUGAAACAUAUGCGUCAACGCGAUUGCAAGUGCGGAGAGUGGUUGGGGAACACAUCGUGGUCAAACAACAGAGGUACGCGUAUGCCACCUUGGUCAGCUCCGUGUCAUUGAUUAGGACAGCGCUGGUGCUUGCGCAGUCUUUGCGAAGCGCAGGAACUGCACACCAUCUCGUGUUGAUGGUCAGCAGUUCGAUGGGCGAUUUGAAACCCAUUGUGGAGAAGUACUGGGAGAUGGAGAGGACGGCCAGGAACGGGACAGAGGAAGGGGAGAGGGCGGCGGCAGAAGUGUAUAGACCAGGAAUGGACGACGAUGAGACCACUACGAUGGUGAAGGCGUUGUUUGCGCAUUACGAUGUGGUGAAGGUUGUGAACAAGGUUGAAAAUCCUAAUGGGGUUGUAGGGUUUGACAAGAUCAAUGCAUGGCUGUUGACAGAGUACUCGAAGGUGGUCUUCCUUGACGUUGAUAUGCUAGUGUUGGACAACCUGGACGAGCUGUUCGAUCGACCAGAGCCGGCAGCGGCGCCUGACAUAUACAUAGGCAAUCGGUUUAAUAGUGGAUUGAUGGUCCUGAAACCGUCACAAGCCACGUACACCGACUUGGCGUCAGCCACCUCAAGAUUGCCAUCUUAUAAUCACGGUGAUCAGGGUUUUUUCAACUCUUACUUCGACGGGUGGUACGACAUGCCGAGCGAGCAUAGGCUGCAUUUCCGUUUUAACACCAUUGUGAACUUCCCAAGUCAUUACCAUUCACCGCAAUGGUUCGAUGCAAAUCGGGCCGACGAGUUCCUGUACGUGGACAGAGAUUUCUCAUCAUCGUCAUCAAAGUCGUCAUCGUCAGCAGGAGGAGGAGGAGGAGUUUCAGAACGAAGAGGGGGGCCAAUCAGAGUGAUUCACUUUGCUAACCCGUGGUUCAAACCGUGGAACCCGAACAUGACUACCUGUGGGAACGUCUGGUGCACGGCUUGGCGAGGUUUGGCAGCCGAUUUGCAACAGAACUCAUGGGCUCCAAUUGACCCGCCAGAACUGGUGUCUCCGGUACGUUUCCUUCCUCACCCAGAAUGGUAUCCCGCCUACGAUGCAAUUAAAAUGGCAGGAGGCCAUUUUCAACCACCUACAGUCCCCUCCUCCUCUGCCGCCGCCACUUCCACUCCUACUCCUCCUCCAUCCUUUUCCCCCCUCCCCCGGCCCCGGCAUUCUCCAGUCCGGAGUCUAAUUCCUUUGUGGACUGACCCUAAAGACGAGGUGCUCGUUACUCUUGUUACUGAGAGAACGGUGGCGGCUGCUGCCGUUUGGGCUGCGUCCUAUCGUAAACACCAUGGAUCAAAUAAUCCUUCCCGACGCAUUAUGCUGAUGGUGCCCUCGGGACUUAGGAAGGAUCUCUGGGACCCGUUAGUCCCCUUAUUUGACCAAGUUAAAGUAGUCCCGCCCCUUCAGGUACGCCUUGGUGGUAGGCGGUUGAACCAGCUUCAAGAAAGCAACAUGGGGUCCAACGGUACAAAUAAUGGCGGCGGGGAGGAAUCAGGCAAGAAGCUGAGCACUGGCAUCAAGGAACUGGCUCUACCCUCCCAAGGAAACAUCUCACAACCAGAACAAUCGGCGAGAAAAGAGGAGAAGGAGAAGACAGGUGACAGUGGCAUAGUGACUCUUGGCGAGGAGUUCAAUGUCCUCUAUCUUUGGAAUCUCACGGAGUGGGCGAAGGUGGUCUACGUCAAUCCCAUGUCCCUCUUUGUUGACAAUGUAAAUUCGCUCUUUGAUUAUCAGCCAUUUGCGGCGGGCCCUGCUGUGUUUCCCCCUGAUCAAUUCUCCUCGAGGGUUUUGGUUAUCCAACCAUGCACGGAGACAUUCCAGGAUCUUCUGCAAAAGGCUAAUCUGUUGCCGAACAUUCGCGGUCCUGAUGCGGAAGGGUUCCUAAAUGAGUACUUCUAUGAUUGGUAUUCAUCGUCAUCCAAGCACCGGGUUUCACCGUCUUACAUUGUGGACAUGUGGUUCAAGGAGGGCAUGAUGGGGUAUUUUCGACCGUACAAGAUAUUGACUUUCAAUGAGGACAUGGGCCUGUUGGACACAGAGGUGCAUCACAAGCUUUGGGACCGCCAACAAGCGGUGCAGCAAUGGCGGGACACCUUCUGUGGACUGGAGGGAUCAAUUCGUCGGCGGAUAGCCAACACGGCAGGGGAGGCAGAGAAGCUAUGCCCUGCGGCACAGUCGAAAAGAUAGCAUGAGGCGUAAGACAAUGGGCUGGCAGAGGGGAUUUGGAUCAAGACGUGUAACGAUCCGGCAGGAUCGCCGUCAAGCGAGGUGCAGGGGCGGGACACCUUCUGCGGACUCAGGGAAUCAGUUCAAUGGGGCUAGCCAAUGGGGCAAGGGGGGCAGAGAAGCUAUGCUUGACUGCAGAGUUGGAAAGAUAGCACGAGGCGGAGUCAAUGGGUCGGCAGAGGGGAUCGUGAUCGGGACAUGGAACGGUCCCUCGGGAUCACUGACAAGUGGGGCACAGCAACGGCGGGGGGUAAAGCCUUGGGCAGCACUUUUAUGCAUCAGUUAGAUAACGGCUUGCGAAUGGGGACUGGGAAGGGACGCUAUGCUCCGCCACACAGUCGCAGAGAUAGCAUCUGUGCAAGGCAAUUGGCCGGGAGAAGGGAUCGGAAAGUGAUGCAAUCGCUUGGGAUAGCGGUGCAGCAGUGCUGAAUAGCCUUUGGCAGCCCUGCUGCGUACGGAUCAGUUCGUCGCGGGCUAUGUAGCCAGCUGGGAUGGGGAAGGAAUUCUUUGCUGCACAGUCGCAGAGGUAACGUGGGGCGUAAGGCAUGGGUCGGCAAAAGAGAUCGGGACGUGGAGUGAUCCCAUGGGAUCCCUGUCAUGUGUUGCAAGCAUGGCGGGAAACUGCUGCCCAGUUAUGAAUCAGUUCGACAACGUUUAUUUUAGCCAACGACGGGACGGGGAUGCUAUGCUCCACUGCGCAAUCACGGAGAUAAGACGUGGGGCGCACCCUUGCCAUUGCCGUUAAGUGAUGCGGCAAUGGUGGGAAACCUUCUGCCGCCCUGUUAGGAAACAGUUUGACGGCUACCACAGCCAACAGGGCGAACAAGCCACCCUUUGCUGCAGACUUGACCAGAUACCCAUGGGGCGUGAAUCAUGGGCCGGCUGAAGGGACAGGGACAUGUUGGCGAUCGGCACUCGGCACAUGGCACUCGGCUGAAGGGACAGGGACAUGUUACCAAGACAUCCCGGCUGCUAUCGUGCGUGUCUGUGCUCAUGUGUUCAUCAUUCAUCAGCUCUUCGUAGUUAGUAGGUAGUCUAUGUUUGUCGUCCAUCUCUUAGGCCAUACUAUGUAUACUGAGGGCAUACUCACACUAGGACUUUUUCAACUGCACUCUGGACAUGAUUACCAUCAGAUGCAUCCAGGUGUAGGCGUAAUUGCAGUCGGAUGCAUUUAGAUAAGUGCUAGUGUGAGUAUGGCCUGAGGGCAUCCACACAGUGGGAACUUUCCUCUUCCUGAAUGCGCGCGGCUGCAAUUGGGCAGCCCUAGCUUCAGUCGGAAAGGUAGCGCUUUCUCAGUGUCAGUAUGCGCUACAAGCCUUCUUCUAACUGACUGCGGCCACCGUUGCGGCCAUGUUGUUUUACAUCGAGGAAAUGCCCUGCUGUUAGCACGCUCCGAGAUAAGAUUCCACCAUUGUGGAACGGUUUGGCCAUUGAUCUGCAGAACUGACGGUCAGAAAUGCCUAAUUAUGGCCAGGGGGGAAUCAUGCCCCUGGAGAUCCUGCUCUUAUGUAUGAAGAUGGCGUUGCUGGGGGGCGCCACUAAUGUUAUAAUCUUCCUGGUGAUUAAGUUCGGUGGCUGGUUCAGGAUUGGUUAGCUGCCCUUCUCAUUGACCUGUUGAAACAGGAUUGACACUGGUUUGGGCGCAUUUGCAGCUUUCUUAUUAGCGUGUGGACGGCGUCGAUAGAAUGCAUCUGGUCGUAGGUUUGGCCACAUUCAGUGGUGAUAGUCCAUGUGUGACCAUGUUAACUCGCUGGCUGCCAUGUCAUCGCUCCGUGAUUUUGAGCCAACAGGGUUAAUCGGCGUUAAUCGGCAGGAUGGACAGCCUCAGUAGCUCUUCUCUUCCUCUUUCCCUUCCCGGCUCCCCCACCUCUUCCUAUAGGCAUACAACAAGCAGCAGGAAGCGCCGGGCAUAGCGGCCGGCAGCUGCCCCGA